AUGCCACGCUUCCGACCCCGCUCCCCUUCUUUCCACGACCCCGUCCCCUCACCCGGCUAUCAGCUGCUGAACGAAUUCAAGGAUCGCCUGGGCUCGGAGACGCUCAGUCCGGAGCUUGCGCACCAACUGUUCGGCAAAUUGCUUCGUCAACCCGUCAAGGUACCAGAACGCGCGCUCAACGGCUUUUUCGCCGCCCUCGCGCGUGCCCCGCCCUCCAUCGCCUGCCCCGAUGGCCCUGCCCUCGCCAUCGCCCUCUUCAAACAAAUGGCUGAAGCAGGCCAACGUCCGGUGACGGCACCCACCAUUUACACAUACAACAUACUGAUUGAUUGCUGCCACCGUGCACGCCGCCCGGACCUAGGGCCUGCCUUCUUCGGCCACCUCCUCAAGACAGGUAUCAGGGAGGACGUCAUCACUUUCAACAAUUUAUUGAAGUGCCUCUGUGACAUGAAGCGAACGGAGGAGGCUCUGGACGUGCUGCUCCACAAGAUGCCCGACGAUCUGCCUGAUGUCAUUUCCUACUCAAUAAUUCUCAAGAGCUUCUGUGAUGAUGGGAAGAGCCAGCGUGCGCUUGACCUGCUCCGGAUGAUGAGAAAAAAAGGAUCUGACCACUCUCCCAACGUGGUUUCAUACAGCACGGUAAUUGAUGGCUUCUUGAAGGAGGGUGAAAUAAGCAAAGCUUUGGAUCUAUUCCAUGAAAUGAAACAGCAGGGGGUUGUGCCUGAUGUGGUGACAUAUAGUUCCAUUAUUGAUGGGCAGUGCAAAGCAAGGGCGAUGGACAAGGCAGAGGGGGUCCUUCGGCAAAUGCUCGAUAAUGGUGUUCGGCCGAAUACCGUGACAUAUAACUCCAUUAUUGAUGGGCUGUGCAAAGCAAGAGCAAUGGACAAGGCAGAGGGUGUCCUUCGGCAAAUGGUCGAUAAUGGUGUUCGGCCGGAUACGGUGACAUAUAAUAGCCUGAUCCAUGGAUAUUCCACUUCGGGCCAGUUGGAAGAAGUCGCUAGGUUGUUGGAAGAAAUGAAAACUCAAGGUAUCAUGUGGGACGUUUUUACUUGCAACUCAUUCAUGGACUAUCUUUGCAAGACCGGAAGAAUCAAAGAAGCUGCAGAAUUAUUUUAUUCCAUGGCUGAGAAGGGCCAUAAACCCGAUGUUGUCUCAUACAACACGCUUAUUGAUGGCUUCUUGAAAGUGGGUGAAAUAAGCAAAGCAUGUGAUCUAUUCCGUGAAAUGAUACAGCAGAGGAUUGAGCCUGAUGUGGUGACAUAUAAUUCCAUUAUUGAUGGGCUGUGCAAAGCAAGCGAAAUUGACAAGGCAAAGGUGGUCCUUCGGCAAAUGGUCGAUAAUGGUGUUCGGCCGGAUAUCGUGACAUAUAACUCCAUUAUUGAUGGGCUGUGCAAAGCAAGAGCAAUGGACAAGGCAGAGGGUGUCCUUCGGCAAAUGGUCGAUAAUGGUGUUCGGCCGGAUACGGUGACAUAUAAUAGCCUGAUCCAUGGAUAUUCCACUUCGGGCCAGUCGGAAGAAGUCGCUAGGUUGUUGGAAGAAAUGAAAACUCAAGGUAUCAUGUGGGACGUUUUUACUUGCAACUCAUUCAUGGACUAUCUUUGGAAGACCAGAAGAAUCAAAGAAGCUGCAGAAUUAUUUUAUUCCAUGGCUGAGAAGGGCCACAAACCCGACGCUGUCUCAUACGGGAUUAUGCUUCAUGGUUAUGCUACAGAAGGAUCCCUUGUUGAUAUGAAUGAUUUCCGUGAGCAGAUGGUACGAGACGGAGUUGUACCCAGUCUCAGUGUUUACAACAUACUGAUUGGUGCAUAUGCUAAGUGCGGAAAGAUGGACGCAGCAAUGCUUGUCUUCGAAGAUAUGUUGAAGCAUGGUGUGAACCCUGAUCAGGUCACAUAUUUAAUUGUGAUAGCUGCAUUUUGCAGAAUGGGCAGGAUGGAUGAUGCCAUGGACAAAUUCAGUGAGAUGAUUGAUAUGGGAGUACCACAUGACACUAAUGUUUAUGAGUGCAUGAUCAAGGGUUACUUUAGACAAGGUGAUUUGGUGAAAGCCAACGAAUUGUUUACCGAAAUGAAGAACAAGGAUAUUCGUCGUAGGCCACAGAAGGGUAGUGGAAGAACAUAUUAUGUUUGACUUUAUUAUCCGUGCUGGUUAGAGGCCUGAUCCUGUUAUAUUUACUUCAAUGAUCGAUGAAUAUUGCUUAGUCGCCAAGAUGGAGAAAGCAUUCAGAGUAGUUGAUACUAUGGUAUCAGUUGGCAUGAGCACUAAUGUUAUUCCUCAUGACUUGUUCCUUAGCAUGGUUAUGCUCUCGUUGUCUUGAUGUUCUCCAAAUGCUUUGUUAUUAUGAUUGGUCUAAUGAAUCAAGUAUUAUGGUUGUUAA